AUGCAGACUGCGUCCUUAGUUCACGGCUUUCCUACUUCAGAUACCGACGAGCUCAUGACUGACUUGAAACGAACGGCGCCAGAAUUCUCAGAUCUUGAGGAAAGACAAGAUAUUCCUGAUGUCUUGGCCAAAUUUCCUUCUGGUCCAUUGAACCAGUUCCUCAGAAUCAUUAGUACUCUGCCAGCGGGCGCGGCAGCUCUUGACGCAGUCGGCCUGGUCUUGACCCCUCUUCAACAGGGCCUCGCGGAUUCUGUUGGCAUCGACACGACUGAGGAUGACUUGGAGGAGAAUGCAGCGUGCGCAGACAUCACCGUCAUAUUCGCUCGAGGCACCACUGAGCCCGGCAACGUCGGCCUCGUUACAGGCCCACCAUUCUUCGACGCCCUCAACCAACAGCGUGGGACCAAGACCGUCUCGAUUCAGGGUGUUGAGUACCCCGCGACCUUUGCUGGGUUCAACAAAAAUGGCACCGAGGGUGUCCCAAGCAUGGUCGAAGAUGAACCAAGCAUAGCAAGAGGCGAACGCUUACUCCAGGCUGCUUAG